AACUAACCAUCAUCUCUAAUACAAAGAAAGAACAAUUUGUUGUAUGAAAAUUUAUUUAUAUUCGUGGUUAAAUUGAAAGCCAAACAGCACAAAGUCAUUGCCAUUUGUUAUUGUUUUGCUUGUAUCACGCGUUUGUGGUGGGAAAUCGAUCCCAAAAUAAGAAUAAUUCAAAAUGAAUGGCGAGUUAAAGAAAUUGUCGGAGGAGUCGCUGCUGCAGCCGCCUGAAAAGGUAUUUGACAUUAUGUACAAAUUGGGCGAGGGCAGCUAUGGUUCCGUCUAUAAAGCUGUGCAUAAGGAAAGCAGUUCCAUUGUGGCAAUUAAGCUGGUGCCGGUGGAGUCUGACUUGCACGAGAUCAUCAAGGAGAUCUCAAUUAUGCAACAAUGUGAUUCUCCCUAUGUGGUCCGAUACUAUGGAUCCUACUUCAAGCAAUAUGAUUUAUGGAUAUGCAUGGAAUAUUGUGGUGCCGGCAGUGUAUCCGAUAUAAUGCGUCUGCGCAAAAAGACUCUAACGGAGGACGAAAUAGCCACCAUUAUGUCUGAUACCCUCAAGGGUUUGGUAUAUCUUCAUCUGCGUCGCAAGAUUCAUCGUGAUAUUAAGGCAGCGAACAUACUCCUCAACACGGAGGGAUAUGCCAAAUUGGCCGACUUUGGUGUCGCCGGCCAGCUAACGGAUACAAUGGCCAAAAGAAACACUGUGAUUGGAACACCCUUCUGGAUGGCCCCGGAGGUCAUCGAGGAAAUUGGUUACGAUUGUGUGGCAGAUAUUUGGUCACUGGGCAUUACGGCUCUAGAAAUGGCCGAGGGCAAGCCACCCUAUGGUGAUAUACAUCCAAUGCGUGCUAUAUUUAUGAUACCACAGAAGCCACCACCAUCGUUCCGGGAGCCAGAUAGAUGGAGUACAGAGUUUAUUGAUUUUGUUAGUAAAUGUCUGGUAAAGGAUCCGGACGAGAGGGCAACGGCCACAGACCUCCUGCAGCAUGAAUUCAUUCGCAAUGCCAAGCAUCGCAGUAUAUUGAAACCUAUGCUAGAGGAAACUUGUUCCAUACGGGAGCAGCAAAGAGCUAAUCGAGCCGCUGACAUGGCUAUGGUCAUGAGUCAGGCCAAAAGUCUGGCCUGCCAAGAUCCCAGCAUGAUGCUGCCCGAGCAGGAGGAGGAAACGGAAUUCGGUGGCACAGUUAAAACCUUCAUUGACGACCCGGGGACAUUGGUGCCCGAGAAAUUUGGCAACUAUCAGCAGUCAUCUGCAUCGGAUGCAACUAUGAUAGCACAUACCGAACAGGAUACUGAUGAGGGCACACUAGGACCGGGGGGUCUAGGGCGUAAGGCUGGUGCUCUUGCGGCCGUACCAUCGGCUCCAUCUCCUGCUUCAGGUGAAGUGGCAGCUGUCGACUCUGGUACUAUGGUUGAAUUGGAAUCCAAUUUGGGCACAAUGGUUAUCAAUUCGGAUUCCGAUGAUUCUACAACGGCGAAACGAAGUGACGACCAAAAGCCACGAUAUCGUUAUCGUCCACAGUUCUUGGAUCAUUUUGAACGCAAAAAUGUCGGUGAUAAAUCAACAGAGUAUUCUCCAGCUGCUGCCGAACAGCAGCAACAGCAACAACAACAACAGCAACAACAACAACAACAGCAGCAGCAGCAGCAAGAGGAAAUGAACCAGCAUUUGGCAAGUGGAGCAAACGAUGCCAAUAAUUGGGAACAUAACAUGGAAUUACAAUUUCAACAAAUCUCUGCCAUAAAUCAAUAUGGAUUGCAGCAACAUCAGCAACAACAACAGCAACAGCACAUGGUUAUGGCAUAUCCGUUAAUAAACGAACAGAUAAAUCCAGCUCCACCACCACCCGCAUAUCAGAAUCAGCAUUUACACACACAAUCCCAUGCCUAUGUUGAGGGUGAAUUCGAGUUCCUCAAAUUUCUCACCUUUGACGAUCUAAAUCAGCGUCUCAGUCACAUAGAUCAUGAAAUGGAAUUGGAAAUCGAACAGCUCAAUAAGAAAUAUAAUGCCAAGCGACAGCCCAUUGUCGAUGCAAUGAAUGCAAAACGCAAACGCCAACAAAAUAUCAAUAAUAAUCUAAUUAAGAUAUAAAACUAACUAUAAAAAAAAAGUAACAAAUCAAAUUAGAUCUAUCUCAACACCCUUAAUCCCCCCAAGAAACCACAAAACGCUAGAAGUGAAACGAUAAAAACGAAAAGCUUUAAUGUAAAAUGCAUUGAAUGAUGAAAAACGAAGCAGGAAAUGUAAAAGUUGUUUUUUACACAAAACAAAAAACAGAAGAUUUAGCCGUCUUAUAUAUAUACAUACAAAACAAAAAAAAACAAAUAAUAUUCUAAAAUGCACGACCAUCGUUUCUUCCCUAUAAUCCCAAUGAUAAUAAUCCAUCUAUAUAUAUAUAUAUAUAUAUUCUUUAUGUUAUUAUAUAUAGUAAAGCGUUUACAGUAUGUUAAUACAGUAUCUGCUCGAUAAAUUUUAUAUUAUAUUACUUGGCCGCCGUUUUGUAUUAUCUAAUCCACUGCCUAGAUUUUGGCCAGUUCCCGGACAACUCGGGGUUUCCUUGUUGAUAUUUGAAUAUCGAAUAUUAUUGAUGGCAAUAUACGUAUAUAUAUAUAUAGAAACAAAAAAUGACUGAGAAAAACAAAAAAAUUGGUAAUAACAAUUGAAGUGAAACUUUUUAAUUAAUAACAUGUAGAAUUCGGUUGAGCCAUCUUAAUCAAAGUUUUUUUUUAGAAUUAACCUUUUUUUAUGUUCUUCCACAAUCUCCUUUUUUUAAUUCCUUAAUAAAGCACAAAACUACUCUGAGAAAUAGAAAAAACAAAGUCAAGCAAUAUAUA